AUAUGGCUGCCGUCAACACUCUAGCACAGUUCAAUGCCCAUCGCCAAGGGGGAAAAUGUCCCGAUGCCCUCCCCCAUGCUACAUGCUUCGAUCGUGACAACGACUCUCGUGCUCUCAGUCCUUUACCAUUCUGCCAUCCUUCGUCAACAGGGAUUACUCCACCACUCGUUACCCAUUUUUUUUUUCUUCUUUUCGCUUCUUUCGGACGACGAUAUAGUCCUCGGCACGACGCCUCUCAAUUCCGCAAGAUUCUGAUUCUGAUCGCACGUCUUCAUUCACUCUCUCAGCCCUGCUUGAAAAUCAUAUCGCUCUCUUCGAAUCGAUACGGGAAGUGAAUAUCAUUCCUCAAUUCAUUCUGCUUAUCGAUAUCUUGACUCGCCGUCAUCGCACUCCUUCAACAAUUGUCACAUAGGACUAUACCUUCUCUUGGCAACAUGAACAAAGUCAUCGCCACAGCCGUGGCUCUCUUGGGCUCUGCUGCCCUGGUGCGCGCAUCCAACCUUGCCUCUGGGAGAGCGAUUGUUGUCAACAAGUGCUCCUACCCUGUGUACGUCAACAACGUCCCCGCUGCGGGUGAAGGCGGCGUCGAAGACAACUUUGGAGCUCUUGCUCCGGGCCAAACCUACUCUUCUCAAUGGCAGGGAUUGAGCAGCCCAGACGGAAAACACCACGAUGGCUGGGCGAUUAAGCUAUCCAAGACUGCACAACUCGAUACUGCGCAUAUCUUUCAAUACGAGUACACUUACCAGCCGACCAUCGACGCAAGUCAAGUGUGGCUCGACAUGAGCUCAGUCGACAACAUGGGUAACCCAUGGCUCACAGAAGGCUGGACUAUUGAGUCUAGCCUUCCUUGCAGCGAUGAACUCAAGCAGAUGGCUACAUACACGUACUCUACCGACGACAAACAUGGGAUGCAGCCCACGUGCCCGUCGGCUGCUGACUUCACUGUCAUUCUUUGCCAGUUCCCAGGUGGUUUGAGUGGAUGGUCUUCGACUCCCUCCUGGUCCACGCCGGCUGCUCCAUCUGGGCUCAUUGGUGGCCUCGUCGCGGGAGCUACCAGCCUAAUCGGUGGCAUUGCAUCUGACGUUCUUGCUCCCUUCACAGCUGCCGCAGCCCCGUCGGCCACGAGUACCUAUGUCGCCCCUGCUGCCCCGACCACGACCGCUGCCCCGACCACGACUGCUGCUCCCGCAGCAACGGCAGCAUCUUCGCCUUCACAACAGCAAGCGCCACAGCCUACUUCGACCUAUUCGGUCGCACAGCACGACAGCGUCAACACCCCAAGCCCGACAACCUUGAUCACCUCAUAUGCGCCCAAGACGUACGGUACCACCGUUGUCGAGGUUGAGACUGCCUGGGUUACGGAGAUCGUCACCGUUAACGUUCCAACGGUCACGGAGUAUGCCACUCGCCGUCGUGCACGUCACAUGCACCACGCUGCGCACAACGCCUAAGCGCACACUGCCCACAAGCCCCACUCAAGCCAGCCAGUCUGCGCUACACAUUCAUUCAAACAAUUUUGGAAUAGAUCUUAUCCAAGUCUAUCCACAGAAGACUAUCGCGUCACUCCUUUCCGCGA